UUGUUCCUUUUGGGUAAUAACUGACUUGUGUGUUCAAUAAAUGUGUCUAGUCAAUGGUGAUGCACUGUUCUAUUGCUAGCCUACCCCUUCCACUCCACAGCCUAUUGAGCUGCAUUGUGUCGAAAUUGUGUUCAGAACACCCCUCUGACCUGACACCUCAAUAUGGUAUAUCUAUUACAAACAGUAAAGAGGGCAGGAAAAAAGGCAAAUAAUAUAUAUCUUAGGAGAGGAUUUGUAGCAGGUGUGGCUGUGUCUUGCAGUGCCUGCAGAUGGUGCUGGGGGGUGCGUCACUGCUGCUGCUGGCAGCCACCUGGCGGACAGUGGCAGAACUGCAGACGUAUGAGGUGGACUGGAACAACAGUAGCGAGGGCGCGCUCGUCAAGAACGAUGUGCCCAUCGUACAGUGCCUGCGCAGGAGCAAGAAGUACUGUAGCAGGGUCAGGUGUGCCGCGCCGUCAGAGACCUGCCGCUCGGGGAUGAUCGAGAAGUGUGGAUGCUGCAAAGUUUGCUUCGUCUUCCUGCGGGAGCACGCAAGGUGUGACGCGUCACCACCUGAGAACACGCAAUGUGCCCCCGACCUCGUCUGCGGUCGUUCCGGAGUGUGUGAGCGCAUUAAUGCUGGCACCACUUACGGCGAGAACCAUUCUGCCAGGUCUUCUGGACAAUCUGAGGAAAAAGACAGCAGCAAGCCUAAUGGUUAUUCAUCGAAACAAUACAUCCCUGGCCCGUAUUGACGCCGUGGGACAAUU